UGCCAAUGGAUGACUGUUGGAAUUGAGGAAGAAAUAGCAAGUUGUGUGAACUGAUGAAAUGGAAGAGUACCGUUAGUCAUUAGAUGGAAUACGCAAGACAUUAAGUCGGGUGCAGCCACUGUGAAGAGGUAGUCAAUCAUGGAUGGACCACAGGGAAGUAUAGACACUGAUGUUUGUUGUGAAGAAAGUGGAUUCAAACCUCAAAAAGAAAUAGUUUUCAACAAACUAUUACCGUUUGCAAAGGAGCUAGAAGAAGAUGCAACACGACUGCUAUCAGAUAUUAAAGCGAACAUCGGAAAAUCAGUGUUGUUACGUGAACUGCGACCAGGUUGUGGAAUUUGGACAGCAAGACUUUCCAAAUACAUAAAAGUAUAUGGACUGAAAUUUUCAAAAGAAGAUCACAUAGCAUUCAUUCAUUUGAUGUAUGAACUAACGACCAUUCCUAGCCUGGAACCAUGGCUCGUCAGCAAGUUUGCAAAUGUAUCGAUAUGCCUCUUGAAGAAGAAGGAAUUGCUGUCACCAGAUGAAUUACAGUUGCCAUGGAAACCACUAUUUGAGCUCUGCGAGAGGAUAAUGAACACAAGUCUCACUGCAAUUGGAAUGUAUAGAUACUUCUCUUCACUAGAGAAUACCUUGAAGAAUUUAGUUCAUGCUGCGCGUUUCUACUUUCCUCCUGAGGCAACACAAGAAAUGCUUGAUGCCUGGCGACCACGCCUAUGCCCGUUCGACGGAGUUAAUAUAGAAAAUAACAUCGAAUUUCUAGAGUGGUUUCUUCCUAUUGCCCUCCCACCUGAGAAAAGCCAUCUAGGAUACAAACUUUGGUUUGAAGAGUUAAUGAACCUUUGGAAGGUUUGCCACAAUGCUCCUAUGUGGGAAAAUGAAAUCAUGUGGUUGAUGGCUCGUCUUGCCCAUCACAAUAUUGGAUAUAUUGAUUGGGAACCAUAUAUACCACUUAUGUUCACAAGGUUCUUGCAGAGUCUUUAUCUGCCAGUUUCUUAUAAACAAGUCCAACAAACUAGGCUUCACAAAAUAGAGGCUGCUCCAAUGGCACUUUGGAUUGUUGCUGUACUGGGAAGACACAGCAGUGCACAGAAACAUUUAGAUAGAUUGAUGAAGACCUUGGAAUCUUAUUUCCAUCCAGCAAAUUUUGGAAGAUGGUUCAUAAAGCUGAAAGAUUUCUUAAAGAAGCUUCCAAUGUAUUUUAUACAACGGUUGCAUUUUGAAAGACACAAGCACUUGACAUGGGAGACUCCAGUACCUGACAGUCAUAAAUUAACAGAAGAUGACAUUACAAACUUUGUAGAGAGUGUGAAACCUGUUGCACUUCAGGCAAUGUUUUCCAAAUUGGGACUUACAGAAAUUAACCAAGCUAUGCAACAUUUGGCAACUUUGCGUCCUAAUAUAGUAAUACCUCUUGUUGUUGAUCGCAUGUAUGCAAAUUUAGAGACAGUGACAGAACCUCAUAAGCUCACUGCUGCAAUGCAGUGUAUGGUGGCAGUUGCGAGACCAAUGGUCCAGGGUGCUCGGUUGGGUUACAAAGAAGGUCCUACACAUGUCAUCCCACUGCUGAUGUCAGUGCUUCCUGGAAUUGAUCCAAAUGAUGUCAGAAAAUGUUUCGUGACAUUUCAGUUUAUUGCAACAUUCUCAACAUUGAUUCCAAUUGUGGACUCCUCACAAGCGUCAAAUUACUGGAGCGAUCUCACAGAGGAAGAAGAAACAGUUUGCUUAGCUACUGCAGACUUUGAAGACUUUGUGCUUCAGUUUCUGGAUCGCUGUUUCACGUUAAUAGAUAGCAGCUCUCUAGAGGUAACACGGUUAGAGAGAGAGAAUGACAGAAGGAGCAAACUUGAGAACAUGGCAGAAUGUGCUCUUGGAUCAACAGUCACAGCUUUGCUGAUGCAAACAUCUCCCAGUAUUUUUAAAUCGGCAUUGCGGAAAUUACAUGCACUUGUCAUUGGAAGGAUAAUGGAGACAAAAGUUGCUGGACAGUUUGUCGCUGCCAUUGUUCGAUCAUUUUCUAAGGUGAAUGCAGAAGAGACUCUGAAAUCAUUAGUACCUCAGUUUUGCAGCAGAAUUCUUAUCUUAACAGAGAAUGAUGAAAUAUUGAAGGAUGAAACACUUGAUGAUGAACUAUUGUACAACUUAUUGAUACUUUCAGAGAUUGUUGACUGUGAUGGGAAAUGUCUUAUUCCAUACAUCCCUUCAAUACUAGAAGUUCUUGACCGUACAUUACAUUUAACUUGCCGUGAUGGUUAUGUUUUCUCCAGCAAAAUUUUACGAAAUGUUCUGUACAGCCUAAGUUUUGUCAUGCCAUUGGAGUAUAGAAGUUCAACAGAAUCAUAUGACAGUCAUGUGAAAGAUUACUUGCCAAUAAGAGACUGGGGAAAACCAGGCAAUGUCCAUAAUCUCCAAAUGAAGUGGCAUGUUCCAGAUGAGGAGGAAAUAAAACAUGUUCAGGAUAUUGUCAACAGAUAUUUACCUGUGGAAUUAGAACGUAUUAGCAGUUACAUCAAUGACAAAUCACAAAUGACAAGGGAAGAACUCCAGUGCUCAUUACACAUUGUAAAUGGAAUACUUGGAUGCAGACCUCUUCUUCCACAAUGGGAUGAACCACCAGUUAAACUAUUUGAUAGCUGCUUGAAAACUUCACCUUUUAAACUGGCAGCAGAAUGUAAUAAAGGUUAUGUUACAAUGCCAGAUGGAACUAAUGUACGAAAAGUGCUUGCUGAAACCAUGGUUCGAUUGCAACAGAAGAUCCUCGCCUGCACCGAAGAUGACACUAAAUCACUGUUCUGUCUUAUUACUAUUUGGGAUUCCAUUAUACGUGUUAGUAAUACACGAAGCAAUUUUGAUGCACACUGGAAAAAUUUUCAUGUAGUGAAGAAACUUCUUGAAGACAAACUUGUUGGGCAAAAGAGACAUAUGCGUGCCGUUCUUGUCGACAGAGCAUAUCUUCAGUAUGAGUCCUUACAAGAACGUAGCACAGUUUGCUUAACAGAAACACACAGUCUUAUUAUGCUUAGUCUUCUGACACUCAGUACUAGUCAUUAUAGUGAGGUUCGUUCAAGAGCACAACAAACAUUGUUCACAGCACUUGACACAUUUUCUUAUUCUUAUCUUGUACUUGUACCAAAAUUAUUGGAAUAUUUAAAGGAAGAUUCCAAGGAGCAUCAUGACCAAUUUAAGGGUGCAUUAUAUGUUUUAUUGGGUCCGAAGCAGAACCCACUGGUAACUAGGCACGACUGGACAAUGUUGAACUCAUUGUGGCCAGCUAUUGUUCUUGCUAAACCUUCAGAAAAAGCAUCAGUCAUCAACUUGCUGGACAAUUUGGUGGAAACAGUACAUAAACAUUUUCCAACCAUUACCAUUAAUCUAGAGAUACCAGAUACUUGCCUAGCAUCAGCUCGUAAAUUGUGGAACAGUUCACCCCUUCCAUCAGUGGACCCCAUUUCAGAUACUGAGGUAGAACUUGGACUACAGAAAUUACAUGAGAACAGCAAAUACAAUCUGGAACAGUACCUCUCAUUGCUGAAUGCUUUAAUGGAUGCUCUUGAGCAAGGGAAUCUUCAUUGGCGCUACCACAUAAUGGCAUUAAGCUUUGUUCGGGAUCUUGUGCAUCCAGAUUUGGCAUACCCUCCCAGGGUAGUGAAAUAUUUCCUCAACACUUUGAUCCAUGAUUCUUUGGAAGUGAGGAAGAUUGCGAUACGAGGCACAGUUUUCUUGUUGAAGCAGCAGAAGCGCCAACAUAAAAAAAUUGUUGUUGAUCCACGCUCCCUUUUGAAGGAUGGUAUUAAAUUGGAGAGCAAAAUAAUUCCAGGAGAACGAGAUGACAAUGCAUGGGUUCAAUAUAAUGGAAGUACGCGACCACUGACAGCUGAAGAAUGGGAUAAACCAAGAUACGUUCAUGAUAUGUAUCAUGGCUAUUAUUCUUGGCCAAAGGAACUGCAAGUAUAUGCUCCAUCUUCAGAUCAACCCAGUCUCAGUAGAUCACACGAAGAAUUAAGUGAUGGAGAAAAAGAAGUUGACAUUUUCUUUUCCUCACAAGGAAACAUUGACAAGCUUGUUAAAUAUUUAGCACUUGAAGAAAAGAAAGGAAAGGACAAAUUUAAUGGCUACAGAUUCAUUAUGUUCAAGGGUUUGUUUCGGAAUCAUGGAGAUGCAUAUUUGAGGUAUUUCACCCAUCACCUGGAGGAGCUGGUGGCUGAUAAAAAUGAAAGUAGUCAACGCUGUGCAGCAGAAAUUAUAGCAGGAAUUAUUCGAGGUUCGAAACAUUGGCCUUUUGAGAAGGUAUCUUCAAUGUGGAAAUUUUUGUCUCCGGUCAUUGAAACUGCAUUGUCAAACAUGACGGAAGAAACUGUUGGAGACUGGGGUGUCUGUUUUGCCACUGCUUCUGAAUGUCGUGACCCAAAUAGACAUCACUGGCUCUUAGAGCUUUUGAUGAAGGAUCCGUUCAGAGAUGAAGCGUCUUUCAUUCAGUGCGGACGAUUAUAUGCUUUGCAAGGUGCCUUAAAUCAGCAAGAAUGGAGAGUAUCUGAACUCUUCCAUAGGUUGAUGGAAUACUUCAAACCAUUCCUUACGCAUCCAUUCCAGAAUGUAAGAGACCGGCUAGGAAGUGUCAUAAGCAAUAUUUUAGAAACUGACAUUGUGUUUCCUGAUGGACCACGGACAAAAUCACCACACAUUUCAGAUUUUGUUGACAGUAUUCUACCCCAGCUGGAGAUCUUACACCAGACAAGUGAAAAAACAAAUAGUCCAACAAAAAAUCAUGUUGUACAGAAAGGUGUAGCAAAGUCCAUAGAUAACAUAAAGAGUGAAGCUGCUAUAGAGGAAGCAAUGAAAUUGUUGAAAAGUAUUGAUGUGAGCAGUGAUGAAAAGGAUGUUGCCAUACGAUUGCUGAAAACAGUCUGCAGAUGGCUGACAGGCAGCUUGACACGGGCCGUUUAUGGAGGAGUGCCAGAGUUUUUUAAAUUUUUCCAUAUUGUGUGCUUGAUGGAGAAUUACGAUGUUGAUGAGGAGCUUUGUAAAUGUUGUACUAGUCUUUUGGGUAUGCUAGCCCAAACUACUACAUUGCCAGAAUAUAUUCCACCUGCCAUGGAAUCAAUCAGUAUGGCUUCAAAGAGUAAUUCCUGGCAAGUGAGAUCGACAUGCGUGGAAUUCAUGCAAGUCUUUGUUUUUCACAACAUGCCAACAAUACUCGGAAAUAAGUGCUGGGCAGAUAACGUUAAAGAAAUUGUGUUGCGAUUGUUGGAAGAUGAAUGGUUAGAUGUAAGGGUAAAAGCAUCUCAAGUAUUAAGUGGCCUACUUCAUUGUGAUUUCAUAGACUCUACAAUGGAAUUAAUGGAUAUGUUCAAAUUGAAGGCAAAAACAAACUUGCCAAGGAAGAAGAAAAACUUGGCACCAGACAGCAAGUCUCAAGAGUUACUAAGAUUACGGCAUUCAGGAAUUCUUGGUCUGUGUGCAUUUGUCAGUGCAUAUCCAUAUGACGUGCCCGAUUUUGUUCCAGAUGUGUUCCUAAUCCUUGGAGAACACCUUAAUGACCCACAGCCAAUUCCAGCGACAAUAAGGAAAACUCUGGGAGAUUUCAAGAGAACACAUCAUGAUAACUGGCAGAUACACAGUCUCAAAUUUUCAGAGGAACAGCUGGAAGUUUUGGGUGAUUUAACUGUACCCCCAUCUUACUAUGCAUGAGGUCCCUUUAUUUAACCGUCUUGUGGUGUUGGACUGAAGAUUGUGGAUGUACAUAUUUGUGAUGUGUAAUAUUUUGUCCCUUGAAGCAAUUUUAUCUGAUUAGGGUUGAAAUUAAAGCUACAGCAGAGAAGCACAUUUAUUUGCACAAACGAAACAGAAAAAUAUGCAAAGUUUCAGCACGGCACGCUUGACGUUAUUGUGUGCAAAUGCUGCUAGUUGUUUCUCUCUCUCUCUCUCUCUCUCUCUCUCUCUCUCUCUCUCUCUCUCUCUCUCUCUCUCUCUCUCC